CAUCAGAGAAGUAGUGCUAUGUUUCUUAGCUGCUUACUGCUUGGUGGUCCCUCUUACAAGGGAUCCAAAAUAGAAGCUCUGUAGGAUCUUGGGUUUUUUUUGUGGCAUCAGGUUUCUCAGCAUUGCUGAAUCCCUUUCAACAUUCAAGAAGUGUUUGAAAAGGCAUCAUCUUCUGUGAUGUCAUUACAGCUCCAUAAAUUUGCUUUGAAUUGUCUGUCACCAUCAGCUUUUUAUUUCCUAUCAGUUCCAUAGGCAGUUACUCAUGUAAAGCGAACCAACAAAAACAGUAUUUGGCAAAGUGUGCUUCGACAUUUGCAUGUCUACCUCAAGCUCUUCACCGGUUAUGAAAUGCAGUUUUGAUGACAAACAUCUAUUAAAUACACAGUUGCAAAUGGUAUGGUCUGUAAUCAUUUUGUGCCCUUUUUCCUACCAAGAAGCACGUUAGGAUCCCAACUGAAUGCACAGUUAGAAGGCUGGCUUUCUCAAGUGCCGUCCACGGUUAGACCUGCCCGAGCCAUCAUCGCGCCCCAUGCAGGGUACACCUACUGUGGGUCAUGUGCGGCCUAUGCCUACAAACAGGUGGACCCUUCUGUCACCCGGAGGGUGUUCAUCCUGGGUCCAUCGCACCAUGUACCCCUGUCACGUUGUGCCCUCUCGCCAGCCGAGAUUUACCGGACUCCAAUUUACGACCUGAAAAUUGACCAGAAAGUUUAUGCUGACCUCUGGAAAACCGGCAUGUUUGAACGGAUGAGUAUCCAAACGGAUGAAGACGAGCACAGUAUCGAGAUGCACCUACCUUACACUGCGAAAGCCAUGGAAAGCCAUAAAGACGAGUUUUCCAUUGUACCUGUGCUUGUGGGAGCACUGAGCGAGUCCAAAGAGCAGGAGUACGGGAAGCUCUUUAGUAAAUAUCUGGCUGAUCCAGCAAACUUGUUUGUCAUUUCAUCCGAUUUCUGUCAUUGGGGACAGCGGUUCCGUUACACAUACUACGAUGAGUCCCAAGGGGAGAUUUACAGAUCUAUCGAGCACCUUGAUAAAAUGGGUAUGGGCAUUAUAGAGCAACUAGACCCUAUAUCCUUUAGCAACUAUUUAAAGAAGUACCACAAUACUAUAUGUGGACGUCACCCUAUUGGAGUGCUGCUAAAUGCUGUGGCUGAGUUGAAAAAGACUGGCGUGGACAUGAACUUCUCUUUCCUGAACUACGCCCAGUCAAGCCAGUGCAGGAACUGGCAGGACAGCUCUGUGAGCUACGCAGCAGGAGCCCUGACUGUCCAUUGAGACCCCUGUCCCUCCACAGAGCCCCACCACACCACAUCCCUCCACCUCAGGAAGAAGUAGCAACUCUGGCUCCCUCUUCCCUUUCCAUAACCUGGGCUGCUCCCAUACCCAUCCUGUCUGGAAUAUCUUAGACUGGAGGAUCAGGGCAUCUUAAAAUGGAAAUGACAUUAGAGAUUGUUGCAUUUUACCCAAAAUACCAGUUUCUUUCUUUUUUUUUUUUUUUUUUUGGACAACUUUCCAAAUUAGAAUUGAUUGAAAGCUUAGAUUGAAGUGUGUUUAUGUUUUGGGGAGGUUGAUCUCUACAUAGCCAUGCCACCGGCUAUGGCUGUUCAGUUCUCAGUCCUGGGACAGAUGAGUCUGGGAUGAUUCUGUUGCAGCCAUUCACUGAUCCACCUGAUUUCAACUUGACUGUUUAUAGAUACAGUCCAUUUUACCGCUUCUGUAACUCUCAGUAGUUUUAGAGCUGGACUUGGCUGAACUUGGCCCUCCAGGUGUGUGAAUCGAAUAGCCCUGCCAGUGGCUAAUUUUUAUUGUUUUUGUGAUUCUGGUAGCAGCAUUGUUGAGGGAGAGGGGUUUGGGCAGUACGGCUUGGGGAGGUGCAUUUUUGAGGCUUGUGAAAAUUUUUAGCCUCUGCACUGCCAGCGUUCUCCUGAGCAACAAAAAAAAUAAUGAAUAAAAAAAAGUAAAUUAGUUUCCUUUAAAUAUGCACUUCUAUUCCUAGACCUGUGCAGUUGUGUUGGGGGGAAGUCUUUUUUUUUUUUUUUUUUUUUUUUUUUUUUUUUUUU